GCGCAGCGAGAGGGUGCAUCAGCAUUUACUUUCCUCAAACUCACCAAGGAUUUCCUCUCUAUGAUUGCUCGUGCUCAUUCAAUUUGGUCUUAUGCCCUCCCUCAAAUCUUAGAUGAUGAAAUGAUGGUCAAAAGCUUGAAGGAUUCCCAAUAUGAUCUUUUUCUCACUGACCCAGCUAUUGCACCAGGGGUCGUAUUAGCAAAGUAUUUGAAAUUGCCUUUGGUGCUCAAUGUUCGCUGGAUCACCAGCGGAGAAGGCCACUUUGUGAUAGCUCCGUCACCAUUGUCCUAUAUCCCAGUUCCAGGAUCAGGAUUAACGGACAAAAUGACUUUUUUCCAGAGGGUGAAGAAUAUUUUUUUCUAUGGCAUUAUAGUGUUCCAGCAGGAAUUCUUGGUGGGGCCGGUCUAUGAUGCCAUGUGUGAGAAAUACAUCAAGGGUGGAUGUGACAUCAUUUCGCUUCUCCAGGAAGCAGACAUUUGGCUGUUCAGGUCGGAUUUUGUGUUUGAAUUCCCUCGGCCAACAAUGCCAAAUGUCAUCUACAUAGGAGGGUUCCAGUGCAAACCAGCCCAACCACUACCAGCAGACCUGGAGGACUUUGUUCAGAGUGCUGGGGAGCAUGGAGUAAUCAUCAUGACUCUGGGGACUUAUGUGAAUGCUUUGCCCAAAGAGGUCGCGAAUGAAAUCGCCAGCGUCUUUGCCAAGAUGCCUCAGAAGGUGAUAUGGAGGCACAAAGGUGAGCGUCCUUCUACUUUGGGCAACAACACCCUGAUAGUGGACUGGAUGCCGCAGAAGGACCUCCUUGGCCACCCGCAGACAAAAGUCUUUGUAGCUCAUGGGGGAACCAACGGCGUACAGGAGGCCAUUUACCACGGGGUCCCUGUGCUCGGUAUACCAUUGUUCUUUGACCAGUAUGACAAUCUUCUACGUCUGCAACACCGAGGCGCCGGAAAGAUAAUUGAGCUAGCUGAUGUUAGCGGACACAGUUUUGAGCAAGGCAUAAAUGAAGUGCUCCAUCACGACAGCUACAGACAGAACAUGCAAAGACUGUCACGUUUGCACAGAGAUCAGCCAAUGACCCCGAUGGAUAAGGCCACCUUCUGGGUAGAAUAUGUGAUGCGUAAUAAGGGGGCACCUCACCUGCGUACAGAGGCUUAUAAGAUGCCCUGGUACUCGUACUACGGUGUAGAUGUACUGCUACUAUUGCUGACUAUAGCGACUGUACUGCUGUUAUUGACAUUUGCCAUGUUCAGGUUCCUAUGCUGCAGAGCUAGAAGGUCGACCAAAUCUAAACAACACUGAUUAUGGUCGAGUCUGUUUAUCAUUAUCACAGCAUUAUUUAGCCAGAAAAUACAUCCAAAGGCAUCUCAUCAUUUCUAAUAGGCAUUCCUAAUAAUUUCAACUACUAUCCCUUGGUAGGUCAAAUGGAACAAUAAACAAAACAAAUUUGGAUGGAUCGACGACCUAUUGUAGCCCACACUGGUAUAAAUUACAAACACAUUCUCACAAACAUUCUCACACACAUACAUACAUGUUUUGCUACACUUGUGAGCACCACACUUCCAUAGCUUGGUGUGAGGACCAUUUAAUCUGCUGUAGCCAGGAGGAAAAAAAUACUUUAAAAACACUUUUGCACUCAGGUGAAAAAAACUUAUCCUCGAAUAUUUGUCCUUGUGUACUUAUGAUCCUGUCUCAUUCGUCAUCUGGGGGCUGCAGAGACCCCACACUGAUGCAUGAGUCAGACAUCCCUUUCCACAUGGUCAUUAUCCUGUACAGAGUCCUGCUGAAAAAUGAAAACGGCUUGUGCAGACUCUAACAAAAAUAACCCUGCUGAUACUGUAACGCCAGCUUGUAUUUAUUCAGAUUCAAGCUGUCACACAAGAUUUAUGACAUAGUACACUUUUGAGUAGCUUCUUUUUUCUUGAAUGCUACUCCAAUUGUUUUCAUUAAGCUGUUAACCAUUUUUGAAGUUGUAACUUCAUGUGAUUUAUUUGACAACCUAUGAUUUACAAAGUCUGUCAAACUUACUGUGUAACAGGUUACGGUCUGGUGUACAGGCUGUGUUUGCCUCCCUUCAUAUAGUUUUGGAGAGAAUCUAUACCAAAAUAAAGGAAACACCUGGAAAAAUAGGAAACACAAACUGUACGCUGAUGGGGAGCAGUUUCCUGUAAUGUCUACUCAAUGCCCUAGGGGGCAAGUUAAACAGAAUUGUUUUAAAAGUGGUCCUAAGCUAUUAUUGUAUUAUAAAAGCACUGAAUUUGAUGUAAAGAUCACCAGCUUACGCAAAAGGUGGAAAAUAAAUGUCAUCAUGCAUGUGGAAAGUCAGUUAUUUUCCAUUUUAUUCAACAUAUUUUGCUCUUUUUUUUUGGAGAUCUUGAAAUAUUGCCUUAAAAUGUUUUGCUCCAUUAACAAAUAUCUAGAUAAAAUAAUUUCUUAUCGAAUAAAUUGUCACGGGCAGACAUUUCUCUCCAGCUGACUUACAAGCACUUCAUCGAAAUCGAACAUGAGCAUAGCCUUUUUGUUAAGUAAGCUACAUGCUGUAAUGGAUGUUUUAUGUGUUUGAUCAAAAGCCUUAUGCUUUCAGAAUUAAUCCAAUGUUUGUAUGUGUUCUGACAUAUCAUUCCUGUUGCUUGUUUUUAAGUGUGCAAUUGGUCUUGUGUGAUGCAAGGGUAAACUCAUAUUAGACUUCACACUUUGUACUGCACUUUCGCAUCAAGCUUUCAUGUCAAGGUUAAUGAUUUUCAGAAAAACCCUCUUUGUCUCCCAUCCAAUGUAAUAAAUCGGUAUACCAUCAAUGUGUAAGAAAAUGUUUCUUGGGAGGCACUCAGCACACCAGAUGGCCAUAUGGACACCCCCUCGACCUCUUGUGGAGAUAUAUCGUUAAUAUGUGGUCUCCUCCACCAAAAUUGUCACCCA